AUGUUCUACAACCCCGGGGUCAAUGAUCAUGGUCUUCCUCAUGACCCAUUCAAAGCAUGUGUAGUGCCCCGUGCGAUUGGAUGGAUCUCGUCCGUCUCACCAAAAGGCGAACACAACCUUGCGCCCUACAGUCAAUUCACAAACGUCAGCUUCGAUCCGCCCAUGGUCAUGUUUAGCGCCAACCAAACGCACGCCGAAGACCGAAAGGACACCGUCAACAACAUCGAACAAACCGGCAGUUUCUGCUGGCAGUUGGCCACUUACCCCCUCCGGGAGAGCGUCAACAUCUCGGCGGAAGCAAUCGGUCCCGACGAAGACGAGUUUGAGCGCGCCGGUCUAACGAAGACAUGGUCAAAGAGCCUGAAGACGCCGGUGCCCAUGGUCGCCGACUCUCCCGUCCGCUUCGAGUGCGAGUAUAUGCAGACGGUACGGCUUCCCGGCAACCCGCCCAUGGGAACUGUCGAUGUUAUUUUCGGCAAGGUCGUUGGCAUCCAUAUUGACGACGGUGUCUUGACGGAUGGGAGGAUCGAUGUCUCCAAGACGAAUCCAAUUGCACGACUUGGGUACUUCGAGUACGGUAUUAUCAAUGAUCGUUUCGAGAUGGUUGUUCCAGGAGAUAAGCGCAUGCUUAUUGGUCUCGAAGGCAAUGCUAGUAACAACAACAAGGACUAUCUCAACGAAGAAAUAAACUCUAGCACGUGA